UCCCGGCGCGCGGGCCGAGCCCGACGGGCCCUGCCCCGAGCCCCGGAGGGUGGCGGACUCGGGUGGACUCGGAGGGGGCGGGCAGCGCAUGCGCGCGGCCUGGGAGCGGAGCCCGGCACCCGGGGCGAUCGCGCGCGGAGGACUCGCGCGGGCGUCAGGGUCCCACGAGGCAGUGCCCUGCUCUGUCCACGCCUGGCCAGGGAACCUGCCUGGAAUCCAACGUCCACAGCUGUCGCUGGGGCCGCUUCCUGGGAGCUCUGCUCCCCGUCAGGGUAACCGAGGCUGAGGGUGGUGGAGAACUGGGGGGAUCCAGAGGACCAAUCGUCUCCUCGUUUGCCACCUUCCCACUGCCAAGGCUGGAGUUAGAGGCCUGCUACCUCCCUGCAGUGUCAGUUUGUGACAAGUGCUGCUGCCAACCAAGAAGUUGUCCCCACAGGUCAGAUCUCAGUGGUUGGACUGGCUCCACCCCACCAACAUGGUGGACAUGGAAAGCCCCCUGUGUCCCCUGUCCCCCUUGGAGGCUGAGGACCUGGAGAGCCCCCUGUCUGAGUACUUCCUCCAAGAAAUGGGAGCCAUCCAGGACAUCUCGCAGUCCCUCAGCGAGGACAGCUCCGGGAGCUUUGGUUUUGCGGAAUACCAGUAUUUAGGAAGCGGCCCUGGCUCGGACGGAUCAGUCAUCACGGACACCCUGUCACCGGCGUCAAGUCCGUCCUCCGUCAUUUACCCCGCAGUCCCUGGCGGUGCGGAUGAGCCUCCCAACGGUGCCCUGAACAUCGAGUGCAGGAUCUGUGGAGACAAGGCCUCGGGCUACCACUAUGGGGUGCAUGCGUGUGAAGGCUGCAAGGGCUUCUUCCGGCGGACCAUCCGGCUGAAGCUGGUGUAUGACAAGUGCGACCGCAGCUGCAGGAUUCAGAAAAAGAAUCGGAACAAGUGCCAGUACUGCCGCUUCCACAAGUGCCUGUCCGUCGGGAUGUCACACAACGCAAUUCGCUUCGGACGGAUGCCAAGAUCGGAGAAGGCAAAGCUGAAAGCAGAAAUCCUUACCUGCGACCAGGAUGUCGAGGACGCCGAGACUGCUGACCUCAAGUCCCUGGCCAAGAGGAUUUACGAGGCCUACCUGAAGAACUUCAACAUGAACAAAGUCAAAGCCCGUGUCAUCCUCGCCGGGAAGACCAGCAACAAUCCGCCUUUCGUCAUCCACGACAUGGAGACGCUGUGCAUGGCUGAGAAGACCCUGGUGGCCAAGAUGGUGGCCAACGGCAUCCAGAACAAGGAGGUCGGGGUCCGCAUCUUCCACUGCUGCCAGUGCAUGUCGGUGGAGACUGUCACCAACCUCACGGAGUUCGCCAAGGCCAUCCCUGGCUUUGCCAACCUGGACUUGAACGACCAGGUCACCCUGCUGAAGUACGGCGUGUACGAGGCCAUCUUCACCAUGCUGUCCUCAAUGAUGAACAAGGACGGGAUGCUAGUGGCCUGUGGAACUGGCUUCGUCACCCGCGAGUUCCUCAAAACCCUCCGGAAGCCGUUCUGCGACAUCAUGGAACCGAAGUUCGAUUUCGCCAUGAAGUUCAAUGCCUUGGAGCUGGACGACAGCGACAUCUCCCUGUUCGUGGCCGCCAUCAUCUGCUGCGGGGAUCGGCCCGGCCUCCUAAACAUAGACUACAUCGAGAAAAUGCAGGAGGGCAUCGUGCAUGUGCUCAAGCUCCACUUGCAAAACAACCAUCCCGAUGACACCUUCCUCUUCCCCAAACUCCUCCAGAAGCUGGCGGACCUACGGCAGCUGGUGACGGAGCACGCGCAGCUGGUGCAGGUCAUCAAGACCGAGUCGGAUGCCUCGCUGCACCCGCUGCUGCAGGAGAUCUACAAGGACAUGUACUGAGGCUGGCAGUGUGGGGCAGUGGUAGCCCUGCGGGGACACGGAACGCCGGCACCACUGCAGAGGAGGGAUGGGAGCAGCUCGGAUCAGCACCCUCGACCUUGGAGAUGGGACACUUGUCCCUCAGCAGACUGCAUGGCAACCGGCGCUCAAGAGCACAGUUGUGACCACAGAGAGCGCUACUGCUCCGACCCGACCCGGGAGAUCAAGGACAAUCAGGAGCCAAGGUCAAGUCCAACUCUCCCCAUGUGGUCAGGGCAAGUUCUUUAUAUCAAGCGCGUAAUUUGCCAUCUAAUUAACGGGUAACCUCAAGUCACGCGGCCAGCUCCCUCCCAACCGCCCUGUUCUACUGCUGUAUUCCCUCUUGAGGUGGACAGCUAAUCAGCACUUUGUAACAACUUUUGUAAUCCUGUAAAUCUAGACUUAGCCAAAGGGUAGGUAUUUAAAAUGCAGCGGAAUAUUUAUUUGGAUGAUAUCAGGUCUGUUUCCUGAAGCUGAAGAAACAGUGGGCUGCCUUUUAAUCCUAAAACGGAGAAUUUUCCAGAACAGUUUGAUAAGCCAUGAGAAGGUAGCCCUCGUGCUGUCCUUCUCAGUCUGUGGUUUUCGUGGUUCCAGGUAGUUUGUGGCAAAGCCCAUCUCCAGGCUCACGUGGAGGGUCCUGGGUGCUUGGUGCCCUCCCCACUACCCUUCCUAAUCCCCUUCCCACCCACCC